AUGAGAUCGAAUUCAAACCACCUCUUUAAGAAGGAACCAAUAUAUGAUUCUGAAAUUUAAUUAGUCAAGAAUUUCUUAAAAACAGCUAGGAUUGCAAUAUAAAAUAAAGUAGAAUGUAAAUAAAAUUAAUUAUUUAAACUAAGGGUUAAUAGAUGCCAUAAUAAUAAUAAUAAGAAGUUGAUUUGAAUAUGAAUAGAGUAGCAAGUUAAGUAAGUUAAAGUUAUAUUAAUACACCACUCUAGAAUAAAGUUUUGCCCAAAUAUCUUAAAGUCAGGUUAAAGUUAUUAAUGACUGGAUACUUAAAUGGGCGAAGAGUAUUAAUCAGGAACUUGGUAAUUUUUUUGGGUAUAUAAUGGUGCUAUCAUUCAAAUUUUAAUGAUCAAAUUAAGGUAAGUACAUUAUUAUUUUUUAAUUAUGUUCACAAAUUAAAAUUUUAAAUGAAAAGUUUUUAAGGGAAAUUGAAAAACAUGGAAUUCCAGAUAAAAGUGAAUAAAUGA